CCCAAGUCAGUCAUUCACCGGUCUACCAGCUCACCAUACACACACCAAACAUGAAGGCCUUUAUCGUGUUCGCCUGUCUAGCAGUAGCGACGGCCCGUGCCGGAAUCGCACAUGGUGGCUACGGUGGUUACGGUGGAUACGGCGGAUACGGAGGAGGUGCUGGUUUGGCCAUCACCGGUCAUGGAGCAGGUCUCGGCAGAGGUGCCGGACUUAGCGGUGGACUCGCAGCUGGUGCUGGAACCGCUGCCUCCCUCCAGGGUGGUGCCUCCAGCUUGGGAUCCGGUGGUCUUGGUGCUAGCUACGCUGCUGGUGCCGCGGCGGCUGCUGGAGCUGCAGGAGUUCAACAAAUCGUUUCCGGAGGAGUAGCAGGAGGAAGGGCCGACAUCGGACCUGCUGAAGGACCCAAGGCUAACGUAGGACCCCAGACUGGCCCAUCCGAUCUUGCUGGACCCCAAGAAGGUGCCAAAUCCGUAGGAGGACCCCGUACCGGACCAUCUAGCUUGGUAGGACCUGCUGCUGGACCAUCCACCCUCGUAGGACCAUCUCAGGGAACCGCCACCCUUGUUGGACCAUCCCAGGCUACCGCUAGCCUUGUAGGACCCAGCUACGGUGGAGUUGCCUUCUACGCUGGUGCUGGUGGAAUCAACGGUGACGAUGGAAGCUCUGGCUCUGCCGCCGCUGCCGCUCCAGGUGGUGGUGCUGGACUCGCUGGGCUCGCUUUGGGAGGUGCCGCUCUUGGUGGUGCUGGUCUUGGUGCUGGACUUGGUGCUGGACUUGGUGGCCCUGGUGCCAUCGCUGUCAUCGGAGGUGGACCUGGAAUCGCUGGUGGCAUCGGCGGACACGACGCCGGAGUUGCUGUGAUCAACGGCCCAUCUGGCGCCAUCCACGCCGGACUCGGCUCCCACGGAGCUAUCAUCCCCGCACCAAUUGCCCACGCUCCGUUCUUCUGCUCCAAUCCGACGAAACAAUAAAGGUGGAUAUCGAUUA